CUUUUUUUCUACAAAAACCUAUCAUUGGAGCCUAGGAUCUUCAUCUGCCAUAGGAAACCAUAUCCCUUAGACAUGAUGUCCUUCCUACAGAAACCAGUCUCAAAGUUUCUCCAAGUCCUCUUUUUUCUCCUUCUAAUGUGCAUUCCUUCUUUCUUUGCCUUUCAUCCUAAUUCCUCUGCAACUUCAUUUGGUGCUGCCAAACAUGCAGUUGCUGAAGGUAAUAAAGAAGCGGAGGCUCUCCUAAAAUGGAAAGCAAGUCUUGAUGACAACCACAGCCAAUCUGUCCUGUCUUCUUGGGUUGGCAGCAGCCCUUGCAAGUGGCUUGGGAUCACUUGUGACAAUUCUGGAAGUGUCGUGGAUUUCAGCCUUCCACAUUUUGGUCUGAGAGGUACAUUUCACAGUUUCAACUUCUCAUCCUUCUCCAAUCUUCUCACUCUCAAUCUCUGGAACAAUUCACUCUAUGGAACUAUUCCAUCCCACAUUAGUAACCUGACCAAAAUCACCAAUUUGGACUUGUGUGAUAAUCAUUUCACAGGAAAUAUUCCACUUGAGAUAGGAUUGUUAACAAGUCUUAACUUUUUGUACCUUUGUGAAAAUAAUCUCACCGGUUUGAUCCCAGCCUCUAUAGUAACUCUGAAACACCUUUCCGUUCUCUAUCUAUGGAGUAACAAACUCUCUGGCUUGAUACCUCCAGAGAUUGGAUCACUACAAUCUCUCAGUUCCCUUGACUUGUCAAGCAAUGAUUUAACUGGUAGGAUCCCUUCUUGUAUUGGAAAUCUGAGAAACUUAUCAAUUCUUUCUCUCUUUGAUAACAAAUUCUCUGGUUCCAUUUCUUUUUCUAUUGGGAACAUGACUAGGCUCAUUGCCUUGCGUCUUAGUGAAAAUAAUCUCACUGGUUUGAUCCCAGCCUCUAUAGUAACUCUGAAACACCUUUCCGUUCUCUAUCUAUGGAGUAACAAACUCUCUGGCUUGAUACCUCCAGAGAUUGGAUCACUACAAUCUCUCAGUUCCCUUGACUUGUCAAGCAAUGAUUUAACUGGUAGGAUCCCUUCUUGUAUUGGAAAUCUGAGAAACUUAUCAAUUCUUUCUCUCUUUGAUAACAAAUUCUCUGGUUCCAUUUCUUUUUCUAUUGGGAACAUGACUAGGCUCAUUGCCUUGCGUCUUAGUGAAAAUAAUCUCACUGGUUUGAUCCCAGCCUCUAUAGUAACUCUGAAACACCUUUCCGUUCUCUAUCUAUGGAGUAACAAACUCUCUGGCUUGAUACCUCCAGAGAUUGGAUCACUACAAUCUCUCAGUUCCCUUGACUUGUCAAGCAAUGAUUUAACUGGUAGGAUCCCUUCUUGUAUUGGAAAUCUGAGAAACUUAUCAAUUCUUUCUCUCUUUGAUAACAAAUUCUCUGGUUCCAUUUCUUUUUCUAUUGGGAACAUGACUAGGCUCAUUGCCUUGCGUCUUAGUGAAAAUAAUCUCACUGGUUUGAUCCCAGCCUCUAUAGUAACUCUGAAACACCUUUCCGUUCUCUAUCUAUGGAGUAACAAACUCUCUGGCUUGAUACCUCCAGAGAUUGGAUCACUACAAUCUCUCAGUUCCCUUGACUUGUCAAGCAAUGAUUUAACUGGUAGGAUCCCUUCUUGUAUUGGAAAUCUGAGAAACUUAUCAAUUCUUUCUCUCUUUGAUAACAAAUUCUCUGGUUCCAUUUCUUUUUCUAUUGGGAACAUGACUAGGCUCAUUGCCUUGCGUCUUAGUGAAAAUAAUCUCACUGGUUUGAUCCCAGCCUCUAUAGUAACUCUGAAACACCUUUCCGUUCUCUAUCUAUGGAGUAACAAACUCUCUGGCUUGAUACCUCCAGAGAUUGGAUCACUACAAUCUCUCAGUUCCCUUGACUUGUCAAGCAAUGAUUUAACUGGUAGGAUCCCUUCUUGUAUUGGAAAUCUGAGAAACUUAUCAAUUCUUUCUCUCUUUGAUAACAAAUUCUCUGGUUCCAUUUCUUUUUCUAUUGGGAACAUGACUAGGCUCAUUGCCUUGCGUCUUAGUGAAAAUAAUCUCACUGGUUUGAUCCCAGCCUCUAUAGUAACUCUGAAACACCUUUCCGUUCUCUAUCUAUGGAGUAACAAACUCUCUGGCUUGAUACCUCCAGAGAUUGGAUCACUACAAUCUCUCAGUUCCCUUGACUUGUCAAGCAAUGAUUUAACUGGUAGGAUCCCUUCUUGUAUUGGAAAUCUGAGAAACUUAUCAAUUCUUUCUCUCUUUGAUAACAAAUUCUCUGGUUCCAUUUCUUUUUCUAUUGGGAACAUGACUAGGCUCAUUGCCUUGCGUCUUAGUGAAAAUAAUCUCACUGGUUUGAUCCCAGCCUCUAUAGUAACUCUGAAACACCUUUCCGUUCUCUAUCUAUGGAGUAACAAACUCUCUGGCUUGAUACCUCCAGAGAUUGGAUCACUACAAUCUCUCAGUUCCCUUGACUUGUCAAGCAAUGAUUUAACUGGUAGGAUCCCUUCUUGUAUUGGAAAUCUGAGAAACUUAUCAAUUCUUUCUCUCUUUGAUAACAAAUUCUCUGGUUCCAUUUCUUUUUCUAUUGGGAACAUGACUAGGCUCAUUGCCUUGCGUCUUAGUGAAAAUAAUCUCACUGGUUUGAUCCCAGCCUCUAUAGUAACUCUGAAACACCUUUCCGUUCUCUAUCUAUGGAGUAACAAACUCUCUGGCUUGAUACCUCCAGAGAUUGGAUCACUACAAUCUCUCAGUUCCCUUGACUUGUCAAGCAAUGAUUUAACUGGUAGGAUCCCUUCUUGUAUUGGAAAUCUGAGAAACUUAUCAAUUCUUUCUCUCUUUGAUAACAAAUUCUCUGGUUCCAUUUCUUUUUCUAUUGGGAACAUGACUAGGCUCAUUGCCUUGCGUCUUAGUGAAAAUAAUCUCACUGGUUUGAUCCCAGCCUCUAUAGUAACUCUGAAACACCUUUCCGUUCUCUAUCUAUGGAGUAACAAACUCUCUGGCUUGAUACCUCCAGAGAUUGGAUCACUACAAUCUCUCAGUUCCCUUGACUUGUCAAGCAAUGAUUUAACUGGUAGGAUCCCUUCUUGUAUUGGAAAUCUGAGAAACUUAUCAAUUCUUUCUCUCUUUGAUAACAAAUUCUCUGGUUCCAUUUCUUUUUCUAUUGGGAACAUGACUAGGCUCAUUGCCUUGCGUCUUAGUGAAAAUAAUCUCACUGGUUUGAUCCCAGCCUCUAUAGUAACUCUGAAACACCUUUCCGUUCUCUAUCUAUGGAGUAACAAACUCUCUGGCUUGAUACCUCCAGAGAUUGGAUCACUACAAUCUCUCAGUUCCCUUGACUUGUCAAGCAAUGAUUUAACUGGUAGGAUCCCUUCUUGUAUUGGAAAUCUGAGAAACUUAUCAAUUCUUUCUCUCUUUGAUAACAAAUUCUCUGGUUCCAUUUCUUUUUCUAUUGGGAACAUGACUAGGCUCAUUGCCUUGCGUCUUAGUGAAAAUAAUCUCACUGGUUUGAUCCCAGCCUCUAUAGUAACUCUGAAACACCUUUCCGUUCUCUAUCUAUGGAGUAACAAACUCUCUGGCUUGAUACCUCCAGAGAUUGGAUCACUACAAUCUCUCAGUUCCCUUGACUUGUCAAGCAAUGAUUUAACUGGUAGGAUCCCUUCUUGUAUUGGAAAUCUGAGAAACUUAUCAAUUCUUUCUCUCUUUGAUAACAAAUUCUCUGGUUCCAUUUCUUUUUCUAUUGGGAACAUGACUAGGCUCAUUGCCUUGCGUCUUAGUGAAAAUAAUCUCACUGGUUUGAUCCCAGCCUCUAUAGUAACUCUGAAACACCUUUCCGUUCUCUAUCUAUGGAGUAACAAACUCUCUGGCUUGAUACCUCCAGAGAUUGGAUCACUACAAUCUCUCAGUUCCCUUGACUUGUCAAGCAAUGAUUUAACUGGUAGGAUCCCUUCUUGUAUUGGAAAUCUGAGAAACUUAUCAAUUCUUUCUCUCUUUGAUAACAAAUUCUCUGGUUCCAUUUCUUUUUCUAUUGGGAACAUGACUAGGCUCAUUGCCUUGCGUCUUAGUGAAAAUAAUCUCACUGGUUUGAUCCCAGCCUCUAUAGUAACUCUGAAACACCUUUCCGUUCUCUAUCUAUGGAGUAACAAACUCUCUGGCUUGAUACCUCCAGAGAUUGGAUCACUACAAUCUCUCAGUUCCCUUGACUUGUCAAGCAAUGAUUUAACUGGUAGGAUCCCUUCUUGUAUUGGAAAUCUGAGAAACUUAUCCGUUCUCUAUCUCUGGGGUAACAAGCUCUCUGGCUUGAUACCUCCAGAGAUUGGAUCACUGCAAUCUCUCAGUUCCCUUGACUUGUCGAGCAAUGAUUUAACUGGUAGGAUCCCUUCUUCUAUUGGAAAUCUGAGAAACUUAUCAAUUCUUUCUCUCUUUGAUAACAAACUCUCUGGUUCCAUUCCUUCUUCUAUUGGGAACAUGACUAUGCUCACUGGACUUGAUCUGAGCAUGAAUAAUUUAUCUGGAUAUGUUCCUCAGGAAAUAGGACAACUUGAAUCCCUUGUUGAAUUGAAGUUGUCCCAUAAUAAUCUCAAUGGUUCGCUGCCCCCCGAGAUGAAUAAUCUCACACAUUUGAUGACUUUGCAAUUGUUUUCAAACAAUUUCACUGGCCAUUUACCACGAGAUUUGUGCCUUGGUGGGUUGCUCGUAAAUUUUUCAGCCGGCUACAAUCAUUUUUCUGGUCCAAUCCCUAAAAGCUUGCGAAAUUGUACUCGUCUGUUUAGAGUUAGGCUUGAAUGGAACCAAUUGACGGGGAAUAUUUCUGAAGAUUUUGGCCUCUACCCAAACUUGAACUAUGUGGACCUAAGUCACAAUGAUUUCUAUGGUGAGCUUACUUGGAAAUGGGGAGGUUUUCACAACUUGGCGAGCCUAAAAUUGUCAAACAAUAAUAUCACCGGUGAGAUACCAUCAGAGCUUGGAAAGGCGACUGGGCUACAAAUGAUUGAUCUCUCAUCAAAUCUCCUAAAGGGGACAAUUCCAAAAGAAUUGGGGCAGUUGAAGGCGUUGUUCAACCUUACUCUUCAUAACAACCAUCUUUUUGGUGUCAUUCCCUUUGAAAUCCAAAUGCUAUCUCAACUUCGAUCCCUUAAUUUAGCUUUUAAUAAUCUUGGUGGAUCAAUCCCAAAACAACUGGGAGAGUGCUCAAAUUUAUUACAGUUGAACUUGAGUCAUAAUAAGUUCAUAGGAAGCAUCCCAUCUGAGAUAGGCUUCCUGCAUUUUCUUGGAGAUUUAGAUCUCAGUGAGAAUCUACUGGUAGGAGAGAUACCAUCAGAAAUUGGGCAAUUGAAACAGUUAGAAACGAUGAACCUCUCUCACAACAAACUUUCCGGUUUGAUUCCAACUGCUUUUGUAGAUUUGGUGAGCUUGACAACUCUAGACAUCUCCUACAAUGAACUAGAGGGCCCUAUCCCCAAAAUCAAAGGCUUCAAUGAAGCUCCAUUUGAACAAAAGCUCAUAGCUCGAUGGCCUCCACUGUCAAAGUCAUUCUCCGCAAUAACAUUGGAAGAUCUGAUGCCUCAAACAACUGUGACAGGCUGA